GUCGAGGGAGCCCGAGGCCGUGCCAUGCGGUGAGCGCCCCCAGCCCGGCCCUAUUUGACCCACGACUCGACGCCCGGACCGCCGACACCCCGCCGCCAGGAUACAGACACAGCCCAGACCGCCGCCGUUCAAGAUGGCCAGAAGCGGCGCCCCCCUGCUCGCCUCCCUGCUCCUCGCCGCGGCCCUUUCGGCCACCCUGGGGCUCGGGUCACCGGUGAAGGAAAAGAGGGGCUGGACCCUGAACAGCGCCGGCUACCUUCUUGGUCCACAUGCCAUCGACAACCACAGGUCCUUCCAUGACAAGCUCAGCCUCGCUGGCAAGCGGGAGCUCCAGCCCGAGGACGACGCAAGGUCAGGUUUAGGAAGCUCGGACAGGCGGCUGCCCGAGGGUGAGGCUAUGCGCGCCAUAAUGGAGUUCCUGACGUUCUUGCAUCUCAAAGAGGCCGGGGACGCGGUGCCCGCCCUCCCAGCGGCCGAGUCCUCGGAAGACACGGAGCCGGCAGUCCCGCGGUCGCCGGGCAAGCUCAUCAAGUCCAGUGAGGUCGGACUUUAGGGGCCGGGCCCGCUGGCCCGCUGGCGCGGGGGGACGUCCGUGCUGCCUGCUCCGGCGCUGUGUGGUCACCGUCUCGACGCUCCCUUUGCUAAUUACUUUGAGCAGCAAAAUAAAA